AUGGACGGCAAUACUCGAGGUCAAGGUCUUGAUGAGUCUAUCAUUGUAUGGCAUGAGUCCGACACUGAUAUCGAUAUGUGUUACGCCGACGAGCUUGACAUUGAUAUCAAUGAGGACAAAUCCGACUAUGAGGGCGAAGAUGAACCGGGAGAGCUAUUUCCAAUCAACACCAUCAUGCUGGGAACCGAGUCCGCCACCUAUCAUUGGCAUUAUCCCAUUGACCAUAUGUCAUGGGUUAAGCGUGUCUGGAGCGCCCUUGACCCCGAGCUCCCAGGCAUAGCAAAGGACGCUGCCGCAAUGAUACUCCUAGCCGACAGGAAGGAACGCUACACCCUUAGCCCCGUCUUCAAGUUCUUGAAUCAGCAAGCCAAGCUUAGAAUGCAGGGUAAGGCAGCCGCUCGUAUCCCGCGUCUGUACCUAGCAAUCCUCCAGGCCAUGGCAUUGUGCGAUGACAAAGCCGCAUCUGGCAUCUACGAGCUUGUUCCGUCCCUGAAGCCAAUGGAACACUCUUCGGGUUCAAAUCAGGACUCAUCUGACCAUCGAGGUACCUGGCAUUGGGGCUCUGACACAUCUAUUGUGGAGAUAUUCACCACACACCCUCCCAAAGGUCACACGAAUCCCUAUGCUAUCCUAGGUCUGACCGAUGAUUUCAAAUGGCCGGUAGGCUGGGAUAUGGACUGGAGUUCGGAAUCUUCCAAGGGAGAGCGCAUCUGUUUCGACAAGAUUUCUCCACAUUGGGAAGCUCACCUCAUGGAAAACAGUCGAGAAUCGAAUCCUGAAUGGUACAAGGCAUGCGUUGUAUCUGGAGAGGUGGGCGAUUUGCGUGGUCUAGCGAUGAUGCCGCGCGGAAUGUCGGAUGCUAUUGACGUCGAAGGAUGUAUGCAUACGACGCAGUCCGCGGUCAAGUAUCAAACCUUGACAGAGCAACUGAAGCUGAUGAUAAACAAUGGCAAUAUCAGUGGAGAUGCCGUUGACAAUCUGUUGAAGCAGAUUGAGGGUCACAGUAUCUAG